GUGUGCUUUCCUUGUCGUCCAAUCUGAGUUCACUAAGUGCAAUCACGUGGGAGGAUAUUCUCAAACCUCACUUUAAUCUUCGGUCAGAGAGAACGAAGGCGUGGAUUACACGCAGUAUUGUUUUCAUUUACGGAGCCGUAGGAAUUGGAGUCACUUUUAUAGUCAAAAAUCUUAAAGGAACAGUGUUACAGGCGUCGCUGAGUUUCAUGGGAGCAGCCUCUGGGUCCCUGAAUGGAAUUGUGAUCUUGGGUGCCUUUUUCCCUUGCUGUAACUGGAUUGGUGCUGUUGCUGGAAGUCUAGUUUCCUAUGCCGUUAUGUUAUGGAUCAACAUCGGGAAAUAUACUGUUAUUGGAUCCUCGGAAAUACUCGAGUUUCCGACAUCAAAUUGUUCAUCUGAUACAGACAUUUCAUUGCUGAACUUAACAUCGUUGUAUUCCGAGCCAACACAUUCUCCUGGUACUAUACUUGACUAUUCAACCAUGACAGAUAUACAAUUAGCCUACAUGAGUUCAACAGCUGUAUCAGAAAUGAUAACCGAGAGUCCAUCCAUGGCAACGUCAGUUAACGCCCUAACCAAGCUAUACUCGCUGUCUUACCUGUGGUUUUCCACCUUUGGAACCCUCGUCUGUGUAAUCGUCGGACUCAUUGUCAGCUUGAUAACAGGGCCUACAAAAAGACAUGAGGUCCCACCAAAGUACCUGAUACCAGUCUUUGACAUUUUCUGUUGUUGUCUACCACAGAAAAUCAGAACAUUUCUUCAUUGUAACAUAGAUCACACACGUAUUCAUGAAAAUGAACAAAUCCACGAAGAACAGAUAAAUACGUCUGUAACUGACCCAAACGUUUAUCUAUCACGCGGCAGCAAAGAGGAUCAACCUACAGUACCGAUAGACAAAACAGGUGUCAAUCAUACUUUUCAAAAUGAUACUGGAGCCUAUCAACGAUACAAGAGUCCUGAUGACAUUGAUGAGGAUACGAAAAUGUGAUCAAAACCAACAUGGCCGUUCGACAUUUACUGCAGUACCUAUGUUACUUCUAUGCUGUCUGCAAUGAAGAAAUACAGAAUUUUUAAUUUCCAACCUGACUAUUGAGAGAAAGAAGCUUUUAACACGGGACUGAAAACGGUUAACAUACGUUUUUGUGGGCGAAUAUGUCAGUUCCGAGACACAACAGUUACAGUUUAAAAGUUUUUUUCCAGAGUUCUGCAUUCUUUAUUCCACUCGAAUAUGAUAUGAGAAAGUGACUCUAUUUCUUCAUAAAACGAUGUACAUUAUUUGUAAAGACCUGUCGCUCUAGUGUGUUUGCUUGUUUUGUUACAUAUUUUCCUGCGAAAGAACAUUUUACUUUUAUAGAUAUUAAGCUUUUUUUUGUAAUCAGACCAUGUUCCCAUAUAUGUUGUCAAGUUACAUUGCAACUCUAUUCCUCUCUCUUUUGAAAAGGUUUUCAAGAUUAACCGAAUUAUCCCAUGUAUAAACAUCUGGUUAUGUGUUUUGUGAUUGAUUAUAAGUAUUUUAUACUGUAUAUUAUGUUACUGUAGAAAAUUAGUUAUUGUACGAUGCAUCCCAAAGGGCCAUUCAAAGAAAAGCAAGAACAAGAAGUGUUCUAUUUUUUUUAACUAUUCCACCAUUUACCUUCAUUCCCCUGUUUAACUCUAUUCGAUAAGAAUAGUUUUACUUUUUUAUAUCUUUAGUAGUGAAUAUUCAUAUUUUCUAUAUAUGUAUCAUCUCUUACGCUAAGUCUUUAAAAUGCUUUAAAUACAUCAGUCUAAUAAAACACAGUUAUUUACAAAACUAUUUAGAUGCUAACCAAACCACAAUUAGCUGAGAUAUGGAAAUUAACCCGAGCUCAAUAUUCAUUUUCUCUCUAACCCAGAAGUCCUACAUUGUAAUCACAAUAAAUUUUUAAGAGAUUCAAAUAAAGAAAUUAAACUUACCAUUUUAGCAAUCAAUCUAAAUAUUUUUGAUAAAUCAAGUACAGUUUGCUAGUUUUUGAAG